AUGAGUGAUCGCAACAGAACACCCCCCGAUCGGGUCCUUGUGCCAACCCUGGCUACAUCAGCCGUCGAUGACAUCUCAACUCUGGAUCCUCAGCCAGAGGACCAACCCAAGGAGCAUUCCAGUCGCAUUGCUACCGGUAACAAACAAGAGAUAGAGUCCACCGACAAUCAACAAGAGAUCGAAGAUGACAUCUCGCUUGCUUCACAUCAAGGCCUACAUGAUAACCAAACCAACAUGUUCGAAACUGGUCUAUCUGAAUCGUUUGAGGCUGUGGCGAUUGAGUACAGCGGAACUUCGGACUCUGACCUUGGCUCUGGCUCCGAUAUGGACUCCGUUUCAGAUGAUGAGGACUCUGAGGAUCAGGCGACUGACGAGUUCGUCCGUACCGUCACAGCCCAUCAUGACGCUCUAAAGGAUGUUCUUGAUUCUCGCAACCUUGAAACUGGCGACAUGGAAGCCAUCGAUCCCUCUGAACGCAACAUGGAGCCAGCGUCGUUGCCCCUGAUCCCAUCAGUAAGCACUGAGGUUAUCUUCAAAAACAGUUACUUCCAAGUGAAGCGAUCGCAGCUUGCAGGAUGGGGUGCUUUCGCCAUUCGCCGACUUGAAAAGGGGGACAAGAUUCUCGUGGAGAAGCCGCUCUUCACAGCCACCAACCAGUCCCUCUUCGAUGGCUUCGCCAACCUGAGCAAGCCAUUGCGAGCUGUCGCUUACAGCCUCCAUGCAAACAGCAACCUGGAGAGGAUCAAGACUGGGCCGAUUGAGACGCUCAUAUGGAAGACAAAUGCCUUCUCAACAGACUAUGGGGAUUCAGAAGCAGGCCUCUUUCCAAUCGCAUCUCGAUUCAAUCAUGCCUGCAACCCUAUGCAGACCGUCGACUGGCACUACAAUUACAACGACCAAACUCUAGAGAUGAUAGUCCAGGCUGAUGUAGUCAAGGCCGGCGAAGAACUCACCAUCUCGUACGACUGGCUGAGCCCCCUGGGCCUGUAUGACAGAUAUGGCUUCAAGUGCAGCUGCGGAGGAUGCCCUGGACUCUCGGAUGAAGAGCUGGCGGAGAGGGAAAAGAGACAGUGGUAG